GCAAAGCCUCAGAACAAUGCUGCUACACUGAAGGACUGAUUAUCAUAUGGGAGGGAUGAUGGUGAUGAUGGUGGUGUUGUCAGUGGUGGUGGGGCGGGUAGUUUAUUCUCCAUCAUUGGGGCUUGGUACAGAGAGUGGCGAGAGGUCUUGCUGGUAACAGGCUGGUGUGACGCUUUGCAUGUAAGUGUCCAAGCGAAGGCUGCUGGUACUGCUCAUUCAGGAACUACUGAAUGCUUGAAGAUUGGCCACGGUCACCUACACAGAAUCGGACAUCUAGGAUUCGGAGCAAGGCGACCAACUCAGGGAGAACAAUCACAACGGGACGAAGAAGAAGAAGUUAGGACUGAGAGGAAGCAGGAGCCUGGUGCUGAGGCUGGUAUGAGAGGACAAGGCUAUCAAACUGUCUGGGUGUGAGUGAGCACCCUCUUGUGGAGCUGCUUACACGCUGUCCUGCAGAGCUUCUGUCUGUUUCUAACCAUCAGCAUUUCAAGACGUCUAUGGUCCAACAUUGAGCAGAGACCAUGUGGUGUUUGAAGCUGCUCUUUCCACUGGUGUUGAUCAUUAAUGAUGCCAGCUGCCAGUGGAACGUUUGGGUACCUCGGGACAUCUCGGCCAUGACCAACUCCUGUGUGGUCAUUCCGUGCACCUUCAUGUAUCCGUCUGGUAUCAGGCCGUACCGUGGCACUCACGGUAUCUGGUACUUUGGCCAGCCGUACCCUCAACUCUUCCCUCCUGUUGUCUUCAAAUCACGCACAGACGUCGUGCACGAGAGCUACAAAGGCCGGACCAAGCUCCUGGGUGACCUGCAUCAGAGGAACUGCACUCUACUCAUCAACAACAUCGGCACAGAGCACUCAGGGAGAUACUACUUUCGUGCUGACCUUGGCGGAGCCAACAUGUAUACGUACCCAGACUUCUCUGAGCUCAAAGUUCUGGAUCAACCCAACAUUGAUGUCCCAGAGGAGAUUGUCAGCGAUGAGAGUUUAGAGCUGACAUGCUACGCUCCAGACAACUGCCCCGACAUGACUCCAGAGAUCCAGUGGAUGUACACUGACUACCUGCCUGACCCAGAGUUCAGCACUGACUCCCUGGAAGAGAGCAACACGGCAGUACUCUCCAGCACCCUCACCUUCACACCCAGACCCAUGCACAACGGGCAGCUCCUGGGCUGCAGGGUCUACUACCCCAACACCACACUGGUCUAUGAGAGGCUCAUCUCUCUGGAUGUCAAGUAUGCUCCACGUUCUGUUUGGGUGAAUGUGUCCUCUGAGGUGAUGGAGGGCAGCUCUGUGAUGCUGCACUGCGAGGUGGAGAGUAACCCUCCUCCCAGGAUUUCCUGGAUGUUUGGAGACCAGGAGCUGCUGUGGGACACAGCGUCCAACGCCUCCCUCACCCUGGACGAUCUGACGCCUGCACAGGAGGGAAUCUACACCUGUGUUGGGGACAAUGGCUACGGCACCAUGAACACGUCACUGUACCUGGCUGUCAAGUACCCUCCCCGCGAGCCGAUUGUGAACGACUCUAUGACGGUACUAGAAGGAUCCUCGCUGGCCCUGCACUGUAGCACCCAGGGCAACCCGGCCCCGACCCUCACCUGGCUGAAGGACGGGGAGCUGGUGGGCACAAUCACCGCCGACGAGCUGUCAGUGUUGGAGAUCGUAGAGAUCACACCACAGGGAGACGGGCAGUACCGCUGCCUUGCCGAGAACGAGCACGGAAGAGCCAGUAGCUCCUUCAACAUCACUGUUGAAUAUGCCCCGGUUCUUCUGGAGGAGUCAAAGUGCACAGUGGUGAGGGAGGGUGUCCAGUGUGUCUGCAUCGCCACAGGAAACCCAGAACCCACCAUCGAGUUCUACCUGCCCGACCUAAACAUCACCAUCAACGAAACAGACGGCCGGUACAACUUCUACACGCACACAGACGGGCACACUUCCACGGGUAUGAUCAAGCUGAGGGAGAAAGGCGAGCGGGUUGACAACGGCGGUCCUGCCGUCAACGUCCACUGCAGCAUCUACAACAUGUACGGGAGAGAGAGCAUACACCUGGAGCUACAACAGGAGAAAAAGUACAUGAUGGCAGUAAUAGUUGGCACCAUUGGAGGAGUGGCGGUCAUAGCCUUCAUCAUUGCAGCAGUGAGAUACGUUGGCCACAACAACAAGAAAGAGAAUGGCAACCCUAGGCAGGACGUGGUCCUGGAGAACCCAGCUUUGUACUACAGCGCAGUCAAGAAGGACAAACAAAAUCUGAGGAAGAAAGUGCUUAAGACAGAGCUGUUGGGCUCAAAGUUUAACUCCAUUCUAGAGGAGACUACGGGAGAAGACGGGGAUUAUCAACCUGUGGGCUCUAUGGCAGGACUGGAGAGGCAAGAGCUGAAUUACGCUGCUCUGGAGUUUAUUGGGGCCAGGUCCAGGGAGGGGGCCUCAGGGAGGGGGGAUGAUGGCAGCAACUACACGGAAAUCAAAGCCAAAUGAAUCGCAAUCCUUCCCUGAUCCCUCGGCUAUGCGAGACGCAGUGGCAGCCCCAACACAUGUCCUGUCUCAUAAACUGUGUAAUAACCCCCCUUCUUCUUCUGGAUUCCAUUCUGCAUACGACUCUUUUUUUCCGCAUUUCUUCAGAUUUGUCACAAUUAAGUUGAUGCCACUACUCUCUCCCAGCCUCAAGCUGCCCCUUCUCCAUUGGACGCCCCUUCACAUGCCAUCAUUUGGGAAAACUGGUACAUUUUUGGGUCGGUGCAUGACCAACUGGACAAUGUAAAAGGAAGUAUGUUAGCCUCAGUUGAAGUACAUGGGCUCUAAAACAUGCAGUGAUAACCAGCGACCACGUUUUUUGUUGCUUUCUCCAUGUUUUCCAUUCUGAUUGUCAAUGUUAUUGUCAAAAGACAGGCAUCUGAGUACUUGCAUCCGUUUCACUAUUCGCUCUACAUCUGUGUCUUGUAACUGUCACUGUGUCUGCUGCCAGUCGAAGCGUCAGGGCAAGGAGUAACUGCGCUUUUUGUUCCCUUAUAUUUACGUGUGUCUAUCAGCAGAGAGCAAACCUCUCUUCUCUCCUUCCUUUGGUUAAUUACAUCCCGAAUAGAUGAGUGACUGAGGCUAAAGAUGGAAACACAUCUUAGCAUCUUGUUUACACAUAAUUGUAUUUAAUGUGUGCUGUGACUUGGUAGCCUCUCAAAGAAAUGAAGACAUGUCACCAUCACUUUUGAUAAUAAUUGAAGAGGUUAUUGUGUAAAUUCAAGUGGUACGCUUCCAGUUCAGAAAAAUGCUUCUUUCCAAUAUUUUACAGUUAACUGUAGAAUGUUUUAAGAUUUGGGGUAAAUUGCCUUCACUGUGGCCAUAAUGUCUGUCUCAUCUUCUACUUCUUCUCCUUAAAGCAUGUGUUCUAGCUCUCUGAUUGAUCUGGGAAGUACAGACCUAAAGCACAACAUAUUUGAGCGUGAGUGGCAGAAGUGUUAUCUCAUUUAGACAAUGUGCGUGUUUGUAUUUGUGUGUGUGUUUGAAUUGUGCUGAAAGAUCAUUGAUCACUGGGGUCUUUGGGAAGUCCGAGCGUCACUUCGCUUGAGAAGUUGAUGCUUUUUAUUCACAUGGUUGCAUCAGAUGUUUGAAUGACAAAAAGGGAUGCUGACUUACCAGCUGGUUCUGCUAUUCAAAGACAUUUGAUGAACCUGUGAAGUAAUUUCAAAGCACACUAAUACUCUAACUUGAUAAUGAUGGUGUCAAUAAUAUAUACAUAUAUAUAUUAAUAAGAUGUAUAUUGAUAUGGAAUGGAUGUCAGUAUGUACAGUAAAUACCCAACAUGACUGUGUUGCCAACAGGCACUUAAAUUAUGAAUACAAGCCAGUGUGAGAAGUACAAACAUGUUAUCUUGUCACACAUCAUUCAAAUACAUUUGACUGAACAUUGUCUUAAUAUGACCUUGGUAAAUAGUACCAACAUCAAACUAGUGUGCACUAUAGUCAAAGUCAAAUCUGAGGCUGUGUUUACAUGCAGGCAGUGAUCUUAUUGACUGUAAUUGAGGCUGAUUUAAAGUACAAAACCACCUGUGUACUUUUCUAUUAACCCUUGAAAGGGAACUACAGCAAUAUAAUAUAGCACUUUGAAUAAAUUGGGUGUCUCCCCAGAGAUACAAUUUAAAUUCAAAUGGGCCAAGAUUUCUCUAGACUUCUCCCAAACCCACUGUAUUCCACAUUUUACCCACAAAGCAACCAAUAGCAUCUUUUUUAAGUACUCUCUGCCUGGUAUUGGCCCAUGUAUUUUCAACCCCAUGUGCCUUUUUUGUAACUCUGUAUUUUCUCAGACUUUACAAAGCAGAGUUGCAUUAUAGGAGGACAUGCAACUGAUUUCAAAUUCUGAGCUGUACUGCCCAUGACAAAUAACGGACCUUUAUGUCAGUAAGUCAGUGGAGUAUCCCUUUCAUUCUUGUGAAUAGUCUCAACCCACCAAUGAAGUCAUGUGCUUCCUCUGCUUCUUCCACUUUGAAUCACAUCUUGCACGUCCCACGUAUCUGUUUCUCUCACAACUCAUUGACACACUGCAGCCUUAACUUACUGGCAUCGUCUGCCAUUUUAAAUAAGACAGCAUUUAAUCGUUUGAUUAAUAUUUUAAACAGGUCUACUCACAUUCAUUCAACGUAGGGAUAAUGCAAACAGAUAAUUACUGUGUAUUGUGUCUUGGAUUGUUCCAAGUCAUAAUACAGUCAACACUUUUGGCGUCUAAAUGAAAACAAUUACCAUCUCAGUUUUCUCUGCAAGAAACAAUUUCUAAAGUACUGAACGUAGCUGCUGCAGUUUUGCUUUAAACAUAAAUUAUGCAACUUGUCCACUGAUUUUCUUUUCCUGAACAGACAUUUUUACUCUGUAUGUAUUGAUUUUGAUAAAGUGCUCAAGUGGAAUCUAAAAUCAAGCUAGAGAUGUGCAAUGAUCUCUUCUUAAAGACUUAAAUUACUUUUUGCUACACAUGCUCUGACUAAGGCUUUAUAAAUGUACGUAUGUUAUAAAACAACACUGCAUUGGGGCAGUCUCUUUUAAAAUGAUGAAUUAAGUUCAUCAAGGCAGCAAUGUGUCUGAGAGUUGGUUUUACAAUCAGCAAAAGUACACAACACAGCAACGGCCUCUCACUGUGGCAACUCCAUAUGUGGGUAGACUGUUCAUGGCCAGCGAUGGCAAUAUGAAAACAAAAUUACACAAUGAAGAGUACUUCAGUUUAAGCUUUUCAAAUGAACCUAAUAAAUAAAAUAUAACAAAUAUCUCUGCCAAAAUCCCAGUUUGAAUAAUGACGCCUUGGGAUCAGAGCAAAGCAAUACAAUGAGGAAAAGGUGCAAAGGAUAAUUUUUCAUACUCAUUAUGCUACAAAGAAGUGAGUUCUUGCUCACCAGUGUUGGUGAUAAUGUAUUACAAAGCCAUGCAUUGUUACUGCGUUGUUCACCUGCAGCUGAGCGAAGGCAUCACUGUCGCUACUUUAGUAGUCACAUUACAGUUGCUGUUGUAACAUAGGAGUUGCUGAAUGUUUUCCAUUUUCAACAUAAUUUAUUGACACAGUAUCUGUGGGAAGCAUUCCUUUGUCUUAUCCAGCCUCAAGUCAUGUAUGGAGUAUUAGUGCACACAAAUGAGCCAACUUUGUGUUACAUUUGACUGAAGAAGUCAGAAUUAAAUACUGGAGAUUUUUUUUUUUAACCUGAGCAAAUCUACAACAUUUAGUGGUGUGUAAUGCAAUAAGCUAGGUGAGCAUAUUAUUACACGUCAAGCCAAACAAGUAAAAAAUGCAGUUCUCUGUGCAUGUAAACAAAGCUUUUGUUAACCAGCUAUUCUGACUCAGAUUUGCCUUUUAUUAAGACAUUGUUCUGUUGACUUAAUGAUGGAUAUGCUGGCCAGCAUUCUUAAACGGCCUGUAUGCACAAAGUCAAUAACUGUCCUGUCUUUGAAUGCCUCACAGUUUUUAUUUUAUUUUUUAUUAAAUUGUUUUUGAAAAAGUAAAAUAUCAAAGAUGUCUUACCUAAUCUUUUGUCACAGUGUGUUGUAAAGCAAAUUUGUCCUAUACAUUGUUGUGAUCAUAAUGAUUAUUAUGGAGAUUUCCUUUUUCUACACAUACUGUAUAAUUGACACAAUAAUCAAGAUCAGGGUUUUGCACUGUUACUUAAUGACAGUAGGAUUUCUGCAAUGAUGUAGUUUGCUUGCUCUUUUAUUUUAAAUAAGUCUUUCAUGCCUCAAGCAAAUUCAUCUGUCUUCAGUUCCACGCAAACAUAAAUAAAAUAAAAACAACACAAACUGGAAACAGUGGAUUAUUGAUAAAAAACAAA